AUGGCAAUCUCACGCUCACAUCCCCUCUUUGUCACCACACUGUGUCACGGUCUCGCACAUCGACCAAAAGUCGAGUUCAGGAUGCCCUGGAGGUCAUUCCUCCACGUGACGCGAUGGAGGGGCAGCAUAUGGGCCCGCUUCAAACCCAUCGUCCGAACUUCUUUAGAUUUCGAUUGGCCCAUUUUUGUUGUUUUUAGAACUCCCAAGCAGCGGAUUGGGGAUAAAAAACACUCCACUCCUAAUACUUCCAUCAGUCCAUUGUUCCUUAACCGGGCACUGUUGGCAGCAAAAACUGCAAAGUAUCUUCCCACAGCACUUGCGGCAUUGAUAGCCAAUGUGUAA